ACACUAUAAAUUAAAAGCUUCGUACUCGAAGCUCCAUCAAAGCCAACCUCCAAAUCUAGCUCCUGAAUUCCACAAACUAGUUCUUCGUUUCCUAAAAAAUAACUAUCUUUUGUUAUACAUGGGCGUUUCCCGAAUGCAUUGGAUGGUUGCUAAUCUGAAACAGAUGAUGAAAAUGCACAAGAAAAACCAACGAGAUGUUCCCAAAGGACACUUGGCUGUGUAUGUUGGUGAAACCCAAAAGAAGCGGUUUGUUGUGCCUUUGUCUUACUUGGACCAACCCUUGUUCCAAGAUUUGUUACGUAGGUCAGAAGAAGAAUAUGGAUUCUACCAUCCAAUGGGAGGACUUACAAUUCCCUGCCAUGAAGAAACAUUUGUCUACCUUUCUGCUCAACUGCAUGUUUUGUAGUUUGAAAACAAUAGUUUUCACCCUAGCUAGAAAAGUGUUCGGACCACCACGAUUUUGUAUUGUAUGUCGUUAUCUCAAUGAGAAUAUGUAUAAUAUAUAGCAUUAUAUAUUCAUUUAUUCUAGACUUUGUACAAAGGUGUUUAUUAAUUUCCAUCUGGUAAAUGUAUAAGAAUAGGUAUUUUUCUUCUCAUUUGCAAAGACAUGGUUCUUAAUGAAGUUUUCAGCUGUUGUUACAUUUCAA